AUGGUUAGGGGAGAAAACUCCCAAAAGAUCCCAGAGUACAUUGGAGCUCGGACGCUGCGGGUCGCGCUGCAAAGCCCGGAGUUGGCCGUUCUUGAGGGCCCUCACUCCACGCGCUUGGAAGCACUGCCUCCGCUUGUGUCUGCACAUGAAGCUCUGGGAGGAACCCAUACCCUGCAGCCGGCGGGCUCGGAGCCCCCAACAGUAGCUGCCCACUGGGGGCUGUCGAGGAAAAGAUGCUGCCAUGCACCCCUGAGCCCUCCAGCUGUGGCCCCGCAGCUCUGGGACACAGCGGGUGCCCGCCUGCAGCAUGUGUUCACGUGUCCCCACGUGGAGGGCGGCAGAAAGGCGCGGCAGAACCUCUGGAGUUUCCGAGCCAACCACCAGUGCCUGCCACAGUGGGGUCCGCCCAGACUGUGGGGAGCAGGGUCUGGGGCUGGGGCUGUGGGCUCUGGCCUGAGCGGGGCUGGAGGCAGGGUCCUCAUGGUCACCAGCCUGGUGGCUGUGCUGCUGUGGGAGGCAGGUGCGGCCUCAGCACCCAAGGUAGGUCCCACACCUGUGACUUUCCCUAUCAAGGUCCACGUCAAACACCGGCCCUCAGAGCAGGAGGCAGAGAAGGCCUGGGGCGCCCGUGUGGUGGAGCCUCCAGAGAAGGACGACCAGCUGGUGGGGCUGCUCCCUGUCCCGAAGCCGAAGCUCUUGACCGCUGAGAAGUCACCAGGCAUUAAGGCCUCGGUGGAGACCGAGGACAUCCUGGGCCAUGUCCUAAGCCCCCAGCAGGGUCCUGAGCCCGACCAUGACAGCCUGCACCACCCUCCGCCCGAGGAGGACCAGGGCGAGGAGGGGCCUCGGUUGUGGGUGAUGCCAAAUCGCCAGGUGCUCCGGGGACCGGAGGAAGACCAAGACCACAUCUACCACCCCUAGUAGGGCUCCAGGGGCCACCACUGCCCCUCCCUGUCCCACGGCCCAGGCUGUUGGGACUGGAACCCUUCCUACCCUCCCCCUGCCAGAGGUAGGCAAAUAAACCCCAGCAGGCCGGGCGAGGUGGCUCACGCCUGUAAUCCCAGCACUUUUGGAGGCUGAGGCGGGCGGAUCACCUGAAAUCAGGAGCUCCAGACCAGCCUGGGCAACAUGGUGAAAUCCGGUCUCUACUAAAAAUACAAAAAUUAGCCGGG